CCCGGAUCGGCGCGUACACCCUCCACGACACUCCUCAAGAUAUCACCAAAAUGCCCGGCAAAGUCAAGGCAUAUGAGCUGCAAUCCAAGUCGAAGAGUGACUUGUCGAAGCAGCUUGCCGAGCUCAAGAACGAGCUCCUGAACCUGCGGGUGCAGAAGAUUGCUGGUGGCUCUGCUGCCAAGUUGACGAAGAUCAACACUGUCCGCAAGUCGAUUGCCCGGGUCUUGACGGUGAUGAACCAAAAGCAAAGACAGAACCUCCGGGAGUUCUACAAGGACAAGAAGUACAAACCUCUGGACCUGCGUCCCAAGAAGACGCGGGCGAUCCGGCGGAGACUGACACCUCACGAAAAGAAGCAAAAGACCCUCAAGCAGCGGAAGAAGGACAUCCACUUCCCGCUGAGGAAGUACGCCGUGAAGGCAGCAUGAGCGCGGUGUUUGCUGCUGGACAGGGAGCGGGUUCUUUGACUUUGUUUUCAUCAUGUAUGCUGUACGCCACCACCGACCCUCCACGCUUCCUAUGCCAUAUGUCGUCUCAUGCAGGCAGAGUGUGUGUGUCGGAUCAACGUAGCGGCGGUGGCCGACACCGCCGAGGAUUGGAAGGCGGAUGCGGGUGCACAUGCUCGCUGGAUUAUCCUAAGCAUCUGUGCGUGUGCCAUCAGCGUGCGAGC